UGAAAAAUCUAUAAUUUUGACAUAGUUAACGGCAUUAUGAUUCAUGGCAAAGGUUUGUGACGCUGGCGCGUCUGUAUGUUAAUUAGAUAAGUUCAACUGAACUGGUGUGGAGUUCUCAACAUGAGCAUAGGGCCACUGAUUGUGGACAUAGGCCUAGUCUGUGUGUUAUCAGCUUUCCUUCUGCAUCACUAUGGUAACUGGAGAAAGCAACAUAUACUGGUCACCAUAGCAACAUUUGUGUCAUGGUAUUUCUCUUUCAUGAUUAUUUUUAUGUUGCCUUUGGAUGUAUCUUCGACAUUCUAUAGACAGUGCUUACAUGUGAAUGAACCCCCAACGACCCUUGUCCCACAGAAUGAAUCAACCACGGUUCCUUUGGACAAUGUGACAGUGGUCAGCAAUGGUAGCUCUACUACAACAGCAACCCCAGUAUUUAGAGCCAGGAGGGAGGCAGAGGGUCUGGGCACUACAGCCAGUUCAUGCGAGGUCCCCUGGUCAUUUGUACCAGCCUAUGUCCUGCCUUCUCUGUGGCAUGUUGUGUACUGGACAUCACAAGUAUUGACAUGGUUGAUUCUUCCUUUGAUGCAGUCGUAUGCCAAUGCUGGAGAUUUCACUGCAGCAGGAAAGAUCAAGUCUGCCCUCAUUGAGAAUGCUAUCUACUAUGGAAGCUACCUCCUUAUUUUUGGAAUAUGUCUGAUCUAUGUGGCAGCAAGGCCAGAUAUUCAUUUCAGUGGGGACAAGUUAAAAGUUAUAGGCAUCACAGCCAGCAAUACUUGGGGGUUGUUUCUGUUGGUGUUCCUGCUAGGCUAUGGGCUGGUGGAGGUACCCAGGACAGUGUGGUAUAAUUCCACCAGAGGGCACCAGCUGACUACCACCUAUUUCAAGCUGGCCAAGCUGAGCACAGAGAGGACAGAGUCUGAGGAGAACCUGGAGGAUGUACUGGAGGAUAUCAGGAAAGCCUCAGAGGUUCUGAGAUAUAACAAUCCAUUGAGGAAGCAUGUGGACACUGUGAUAGAAAAGUGUCCUGAAGAAUUCCAGAAAUCUGUGAAGCGAGGUGCCAUGGACGACUUUCAGGAUUAUGAGGAGCCCAGAGAUCUUCCGUCUGAAAAAUACUUGGUUAAGUUGCACAAGAAAGUCAUUGCAGCCUCUCAGAACUACCACAGGACUCACUGCCAGUGGGACAUGCUGGUGCAAAAGGCAUAUGACUUGGAAGACAUAGAGUCUAAUUUAAAGAGCCCAGACAGAAGAUUCAAGAGAUCCUAUGGGAAAUAUCAAGGCUUUUUUAAACUUUGCCACAGUCCAAGUGUAGAGUGGUACUGGAAGUGUUUGUUCCAGUCAUGGGUGCUGAAGAUUGUGUCUGUUAUUUUGGCCAUUUUCUCCAUGAUGGUUGUAUGGUCUGAGGUCACAUUUUUCAACAAGAAACCUGUUCUGUCGUUGUUUGCUAUAUUUAUCAAUCUUGCCAAGGAGAAUUAUAACUAUCUGUAUAUUGAGCUUGCAUCAUUUGUGACCAUAGCAUAUCUCAGUCUGUGUGCUUACUACACAGUGUUCAAGAUCCGUGUGUUCAACUACUACUACAUUGCUUCCCACCACCAGACUGAUGCCAACAGCCUGCUCUUUGCUGGCAUCCUGCUCUGUCGUCUGACUCCUCCACUGUGUCUCAACUUUUUGGGGUUGAUUCAUUUAGACAGCCAUGUCACUGCAGAUGAAGAUAAUUUGGAAACAUCUUACACACAGAUCAUGGGUCACAUGGAUGUGAUCUCUUUCAUAGCAGAUGGUUUCAAUAUAUACUUCCCCAUUGCCAUCGUCCUGCUGUGUUUUGCCACAUAUUUCAAUCUUGGCACCAGAUGUCUCCACUUCCUGGGCUUCCAGCAGUUUGUUGGUGAUGAUGACAUGACGCAAGACUUUGUUGACGAGGGGAGGGAGAUUGUGAAAAGAGAGAGAAGGAAAAUAGAAAGAAGAUUAGCAGGGGAGACCCGGCGUCGCCAGUGGAAUGAGCGCUAUGGUGAUGACCAGAGUGCUAGUGAAUCGGACACUGCAGCCAGGUUCAGCAACAGAGAACAAGGUAUACAGUACAGACCAUUGUUGGCACAGUUUGAAUAGACCAAAAUUAUACAGAUUAACAUGCCAGACUGUUGCAUGAUGGUUCUUAAAUUCAAUGUUGGUAGCUGUGAGCAAUGAAAUGACACUUUGUAUUCACUUUCUCCUGUACAUUUGUAAAUAUGUAUUAUUUCUAAGGUUAUCUCUUCAGUGUUGUUAAAGCUGAAUUUUUGUGCAAUUGUUUUGAAAUAAAAGAUAUGGUUUUUAUUAUAAUUUUAAAAGUUUAUUCUUCUUCCAUUUGUUCUUUGCAUGCAUGUGAUUUCUGUGCCCUUAAAUUUUGUAUUUACUUCAUCUUAAUGUCUUAAUAUCUAGGUCAAUAGAAUUCUUUGCAGUACCAUUCUGACUUUUUUCUCCAUUCUAACUUUUCAUUUAGCAUGCAGCAUGUGAGCUUAACAAAAAUGCUUAAAUUGCUUUAACUUACAACUGACUCUGCCACUUCUCGGUAGAUCUGCAGUCUGUUUUACAUGAUAGCUAUUCAAAUCUGGUCAUGGAGCAGACAUCAAUUUUAAAAGAUGUAAAAGUUAUCAGUUUGACAAAAAUAUGGGGGCUGUACAAAUGCCCAUUGCAAUGGCUUUGAGGACAUAAUUGUAUGACAGAUUUUAGGUUAGAUAUAGGUAUUAGGACAAAUCUGUAAUUGACUCAACUAACCCUCUAAUAACUGUGCACAUAGCACUCCUUUUGCAGCAGAAAUGUUACUAGACAGGAAACGGGUUCAACCUUCUGCAUUGUCUCCUUAGAAGAAUAGUGAAUUUACAAAACAAUUGAAAAUAUGUUACAUUCCUGGUUCACUUUAUUACUAAUCACUGAAUGAACAACCUGCCUCUCUGCCCACCUGCUUCCCUGCUAACAGCUAUUUACUCCACACAGAUCCUGUAAUAUAGAGAAAAUAGAUCUAUGAUCAGUUCUGUAUACCCAUUUGUAUGCUUUCAGCUAAGAGCAAAGUUAUCAAAAGUGUUUCCAGUGAUAUAGGUAAAUCUUUUGUGUCACAAAAUUCAGAGGAGAAUGACAGGACUGGGCUUCUGCGAGAGA